AAUGAACACAAUUGCGAAUUGGGUGAUAUGUUGGAAUCAGCUGCAAUGAUUUUGGUGCAGUCCUACAAAGCGUUGGGGAGCUGCUGUAGUUCCCAAAUCAUCAAUAAUCGUGUUUGAUAUGGUGUUUGCGCCCUCUAACAGUAACAUUGAAUCAUGAAGAGGCAAAUGGAAAUUUUCAAGCUGGUCGACUUGCUGUUCAUAGAGCAUUUGCUUUCGUAAAUAAGGUAUUGUAGCUCUUCUGUUUUGUUCACCAAGAAAAUCUUUCGCUCUUUCAACCUCAGGAGCAAUCUUUGUAAAUAACACUGCCUUUUUUACAAGCACGUCAAGCAUCACUCCAUCUUGGAUCCAGCAGUGAUCAAACUUGGGAAUUUGAAAUUUGAGAUUAAAUUGCUCGAACCAACCAGGUGUCAAGCUAACCUUGUCAUCAGAAAAGAUGUGGCUGCUCCUUUUUAAAAUGGUUGUAACGGGAUAUCCUAAUGUUAUUAACCCAUAAAAGAGUCGAAUACAACUCGCAAAGAUGAUCCAUAAGACAACAACUGAGCAGUCAUCAACCCAUUCAACAAUUGAGUGACCGUUAGACAACUGAAGGUGGUUAAGACCAGUAGGUGGAGCUGGUCCAAAAACACUACUGUACCAUUUCUCAGAUUGAGGGUCAUCAUUCAGAACAUCACAGACAAAGCUUACACCAGAGUUCAUGUUUACACCAGCUCUUUGAUUUAUAUCGUUGCUGCAAGACCAGUUGGGGUUCCCCAGUCCAAAUACUGUUCUUGCAAUUGGUUUGUCACAAAAAUAUGCAAUAUUGGUCAGCAGAGAAGACAAUAAGCCCAAGCCAAUUGCCACUUCGCAAAACACCUGUUGUUAGAUUGAUUUCGAUAUCAGAUUUAUACACAAAUCAAAAGGCACCUCAUCUAUGGUAUUUAGCUGCUCCAACAACCCAAGCACAGUAAAGCUAUUGUCUCCAUGGGAGGAAGCAACUGUAGUGUAUGGUUUCCAGGACAAGUUGAAGUUGGAAAAAUAGAAGUACUGGAUGAAGUCAUAUGCAUCAAUAUACUUCUCUAAUGCACUGGAAGAAACAGCCCUGACAGCAUGGUUUGCAGAUAUGCGAAGAUAUUCAAUAUGCGUAAUACUUCUAAUAUCUUUACACAUGUCACAGAGGAAAAUGACAUCAUGUGUGACAUAUACACCGGGAUCAAAUGGAAGUUGUAAGCAUUUAAUCUUAUGGACCAAUGUGAUUCUAUCCAUAAUAUGAAUGACACUCUCAGAUUCAGUGUACAGUCUAGUUGAGUCAAGAUUAAAAGAGUAUGCAUAUUUGUACCUGCCCAACAUAUCAACAAACAUCUUGUGUGCAGUGGUCAGUGAGGAUACUUCACAUACAUCUGAAGCAUCGUUAACACUCAGAAGUGGAAAGCCAUUCGAACAACCAAUAAGCAGAACUCGGUUGACUGAAUACACACCUGAGUUUACCUUAUCAAAGAAACCCCAUAAACCUGCCCAGUAUCAAACCAAUUGCAAAUGUGUAAACCCAAAGCAUGUGGAAGCGAACCAAUAGUUGUAUGAGGGCCAAGAAAGUCUGCAAAAAUAUCCCUCUUCAGCACUAUAUCCAACACCUUGCAGUCAAACUCCAUGUCAAGCUUAUGUUGUAGCCUUUAACUGGAAGAGUCAGUUCCUUAACUGAGAAGGACAAUAGAAAAUUCAAGCUCGGUAGUGUCAAUAGAAGCACUGAACAGAACAGAGGGAGAGAUGUUCUUUUGUAUUGUAUAUCCUACAUCAAGAAUAGGAAGUUGAGAAUCCAAAUGUGAUUUUACGAUAUCAGCAAUCUCGGUGUCAUUAUCAUUGUAAGCUGACUCUAGCACAGAGGUGAUAGUUGUAGAAUCUGAAAUCUCUGGAGUAUCAGUGUAAGUGGAGUCCUAUUGCAUCUCCUCCUGCAGCAGUGACGGCACAUGGCAAAUCGAAGAGAGCAUACGCUUGUUGUUUGCUUGUAGCUCCCUCAUUGAUUCUUGCAGCAACUUCAUCGAUUCAAAGAUGGUGUUGAAUUGAGCAUCAAGCAUGGCAGAAGGGUUAAGAGGCAUGGAGUACGAACAAUGAUAGCAUUAAUGACAUCAGAAAUACUGAAACAGCUGAAAGUGCUAUUUGGUUCAGUCACUGCUAUUCCUGCCCAAGUUUUCCUUACUGGGGUGUGUCUCCAGAUACCAGAUGGCCCUUCUGCUGAAGUUAAAGAAAUUCUAGAGGAGUUCCUUAUGAAGUGGAGAUAUGUUGAUGGAAAGUAUUAUACUAUUGCAAACAUGGAAGCUGAUGUAUCUUACAUGGAAGAAUUUAGCAAUCAGAUUUCCCUUCGAGUGGAUAAGUACCUGGAAAUUAUUGAGCUCUAUGUGAUUACCUUUUUGGGGAGGAUUCUAGGAAAUUUUGAUCUUGCUAUCUCUUGGGUUGAGAAAUCCCCUCUAUCUGACGAGAAGAGGCAGGAUCUUUUGAGGCAGUUGCACUCCAUGAAUACUUUAAAGCUUGGCAGCUCUUCGCAGUCCUCGGCAUUACCUCUCCAAAUAGAUGAAUGUACAACUGAUUCCACUUCCCUGAUUGAAGAAAAAUCAUGCAAUGGAACAGCAAAUAUUUUGGAACACAGAGACCAGUCUAAGGGAGAGAACACCACGAAACAAUCAAUUUUGGAGUUUUCUAGACGGAGAACUCCAUUUUGGUGGUUUCGUACAAUCACUUUGAAGUUUGGAAGCAGUUGCUUGGUUUUAUCAAAUGGAAGCAUCUUUCUUGGUUUUUUGGUGUCACUUGUUUACUAUAUUGUGCGGAGAAAACAAGCCUCUCUAUGGAGUGUUGUUAAGAGCCAAGCUUCAUCUACGAAGAAGGCUUUGGUUGACUUCUGGCAACUUGCAUUCUCAUAUCAAGUGAACCCUCUUGCUGCUGUUCAAUCACUCCCACCUGCAACACGUGGAAGCCGGUGAUGCACAAUUUUGUUCCUCAUACCAGAGCUGUUACUUGUAGAUAAAUGAAAGAUUACUGAGGAUAUUGCUAUUAUCAUCUUAAGUUGGAGAGGAAAUUGAUUUUGAUAAUUGACAAAGAUUGUUGGAAGAAGCAGGGUCCUUAAUAAUACUGUUGAUUAGAGGCAGCUAGCAUUGUUUGUAUGGAAGUAGAAGUUCCUUUACAGUAAGGUCUCAAUUUUUGAAAAAAUCAUGCAACUCCAACUCCACUUUUAUUAUCUCAUGGUGUAUGGACAAAAUGAUGGAGAAAUUUUACUCUUGUGAAUCUCAUAACCAACAUUACUUAAUACUUAUGUGAGGCAGUUUAAAACUCAA